GGCGAUCUGACGCGGUCUCCCUCCGAGCUUUCGGUCCAUCGGUCGCUCGCUCGCUCGUUCCUGCCUUGCCUUCGCAUGAUAGACGGUAGAGGCGAGGGAGAGAUUGGAGCGCAGCGCAGCGUCGUCGGUCGGUUUGUCGAUCAAGAACCGAUGGAUGGAUGUGUGAGUCACUGAGGGCGCGGCUCGAGGAGGAAGGGAGGCCGAGGAUUGUGUGGAAUGUGGCAAGUGUAAUGUGAAGAAGUCAGGUGGGAAGAUCGGGAGAUUGUCAAGAUGAUGGUCGAUCUCGCCCUGUUCGGGGAUGAGAAGUACGAUGCCAAGGCCUGGUUGAAUGCAGCCUGUCGGGAUCGGCUGCCCGACGAUCCUGUGGAUCGGUACCUCACCGAUCUGGAGAUGAAACUCCAGCUGAUGGCGGAAACGAUUACCGCCGAUUUGGAUGAGAAAAGUACCGGAGCUUUGUUGCGAGUUCCGAGAGCAUCUCGAGAUGUGCUUCGGGUGCGGGAUGAUGCUAUCACAUUGCGUGCGACUGUUUCUGCAAUUCUUGCCAAGCUUAAGCAGGCAGAUGGGACGUCUGCCGAAUCAGUUGCAGCACUUGCUCGGGUGGACGUUGUCAAGCAGCGCAUGGAAGCUGCUCACGAAACACUACAGGAUGCUGCUGGUUUGGCGAAGUUAAGUGCCAGCGUGGAGGAGGUUUUUGCUAGCGGGGAUCUUCCUAGAGCAGCUGAAACGUUGGCAAAUAUGAGGCGAUGCCUGUCAGUUGUGGGCGAGGUUCCAGAAUUCGCCAAUGUGAAACGACAAUUAGAGGUGCUAGAGGAUCGACUUGAAGCAAUGGUUCAACCGAAGCUUGCUGAAGCCCUCUCACAACGCAAGGUUGAUAGCACUCAAGGUUUGAGGGAUAUUCUCAUCACAAUUGGUCGCUAUAGCUCAUUGGAGCAACAUUAUACAAGAGUGCGUGUUCGGCCACUGCGUCGUCUAUGGGAGGAAUUUGAGUCUGGUAAAGGAGGCCUUCCUAUUGGAAAGUCUGCAACUGGUGUGAAAUUGCAAACAUUGGCUGGACCAAACAGUGUUUCUGUCUCUUUUGCGGAAUGGCUUCCUAAAUUCUAUGACGAAGUUCUCGUUCAACUUGAGCAAGAAUUAAAGUGGUGUACGGUGGCCUUUCCUGAUGAUUACAAGUUGUUGGUCCCGAGAUUACUGGUGGAGACAAUGUCAGCAAUAUCGUCCAGCUUUGGAGCUCGCAUUGAAGCAGCUACUGAAGAAACAACAGCAGAGGUUAGAGCUUCAGGAGGGGCUGGAGAAAAUUCAGGUGUUGAGAAAGGACGUAGUUCGAGACUGGGGCUUCUUAUUGCACUGCAUAACAUGACUGGUGAAUUUGCAAAAAACGUGCAGCAUUUACUAUCUGGUUUUGAGACACCAGAGGUUGCGCGCGUUCUCAAGGCUGUUUAUGUCCCGUAUGAAGGAUACAAGCGCAGGUAUGGAGAAUUGGAACGUGCUCAGCUUCUCAGUGAAAUUGCAUCCAUGGAUAUCCGAGGAGCUGUGCCUCGUGGUGUUGGACAGCGUGGAGUUGAAUUAAGUGAGACCGUUGGGCGCAUUGAAGCCUCCAUUCCACAGUUGAUCUUAGUUUUGGAAGCUGCAGUGGAACGUUGCCUAAGUUUUACUGGUGGCUCAGAGGCAGAGGCAUUCCUUCGCACCUUGGACGAAGUCAUGCUCCACUAUUUAGCGUCGCUUAUGGAGAUGCUCAAAUCAAUGCGUCCCCUUUGUGGCGUAGAUCGUGGAAACCAUGAUGCUUCUAAGAGAGAUUCUGGACCGGAGACAGGAGGCACUAGGAAAGACAGUUCAAAUGUAGGCUCGAGUAAUGUCGAUUUGAUCCCAGAGGAAGAGGAGUGGGCUAUUGUGCAAGGUGCUCUUCACUUUUUGACUGCGGCCGAUGUACUCACCGCCCGCGCUUCAGUGUUCGAAGCCUCGUUACGCUCAGUUUUGACAAGGCUAGCUGGUCGCUUGCAAUUGUCUACAUUUUUCCCCCAUCAUGACCAAUCUGGGGUUGGGAGUACUGGAGCAGAGGCUGCCACAACCGGAGGACCAGGUGCUUUGGACAUGACAGUCCUACGAUUGGGAGACUUGCCAGAUAAUGGACGACGGCUGAUGAGCCUUCUUGAGCAGGCACAAGAUCCUAGGUUCCAUACCCUGCCACAGACAGCUCAGCGGAUCGCCGCAUUCUCGGAGGCGGUGAACGAGCUUGUGUACGAAGUUCUGAUCUCCAAAGUGCGACUAAAACUAGCGGAUGUUGCCCGGCUCCCUGUCUGGUGUGCCGAAGAGGAAGAUAAUGCUUUUGAUCUACCAAACUUCAGCGCAUACCCGCUCGCUUAUGUCACUAGCAUCGGGGAGUACCUUUUCACGCUGCCCCAGCAACUUGAACCUGUAGCGGCAGGUGCAGCGGGGAUGGGAGGAUCAGCAAUGGGAGGAGACGGUGCAGAAGAAAGCGUUGAUGAAGCUCAAUUUUUGGCUACGGAGUGGAUGUUCAAGGUUGCUGAGGGGGCGACGGCUCUAUACAUCGAGCAAAUUCGGGGCAUCCAAGCACUGAAUGAGCGUGGGGCUCAACAACUUGCUGCAGACAUCGAGUAUUUGUGCAACGUGCUCUCUGCCCUGUCAAUGACCACACCUCCGGUCCUUUCCACCUUCCAUGCUUGCGUUGCCGCCCCACGAGAGAAGCUUAUUGAAAUGGCAAAACAGGAAGGCACCCACUAUGACAUUCCUAGUCUCCGACUGGUGUGCAAGAUGCGUCAUGUGCCAAUUGAAUAGGUCCAAAACCUGAAGUGAUACCCGUGGACUAGAAUUGGCAAUAAAAUCGAAUCAGGUGCAGUCCACUGCGUAUCUCUGCCUUGAUGUUUAGGUGAUUGGAUUCAGAAGUAGCACGGAAUGGUUACUCUGCUAUCGAUGAGGUAGGUUAAAGGAUAGGUGGAUAAGGUUUUUUAAUUGGCUGGACUUUGUUUGGUGACAAAGUUUUCCAAGAACCAUUUCGAAGACUCUAUUCAGUCUUCGUGAGACAGAUUGUACACUACGCAAACCAUUUUGCAAAGAAGCUCUCUUCAAGCCCCGGUAUCUGUCGAACAUUCAAGAUCUCCCUCAUUUACGAGGAAGGCCUGG